AUGGAAGUGAAAGGUGCAUUUGCAUUAGGAGGUGAAGUGAGGCGACUUCAAAUUAUCUACUUCCUCAGUCAUCGAAUGGGUCGCGUAGAUCAUCCCCAUCUCAUUCGAGUCCACCAUCUUACCCGCAACGGCGUCUAUCUGCGAGACGUUAAGAGGUGGCUUUCGGAUUUACGAGGAAAGGACAUGCCAGAGGCCUUCGCUUGGUCUUACAAGAGGAGGUACAAGACGGGUUAUGUUUGGCAAGACUUGCUGGACGACGACCUCAUCACACCAAUCUCUGACAAUGAAUAUGUCCUCAAGGGAUCCGAGAUCAUCUAUUCCGCUUUUGAUAGUCCUCCGAAAUCAUAUGCCGAAAAGGAAAGUUGCUUGUUCACAGAGCAGCCCGUUAAGGAUGAGGUUCAGCCACCUACUCUUUCUAAACAAGAGGCCUUUCAUUUACACAAACAUUCCAAGAAUGAUAUAGAUAUCCAAACAAAAGUAUCCUCUGAAAUCAGCGACGAAUCACCUUAUGUGGGCUCAAAGGGGUCUACUUUGGCCAAUGAAUUUGAUGCAAUGAAAACCCAAGCAGAUGAGAACCACUCAGCUGACACACUCAACCCCAACUCCAACUAUCAACAGAGCAACGAGUCAGAAAACUCUUCUUUAUAUUCCAAGUUUUUAUUGAAGAAGAAGAAGAACAAGUACAAGGACAAAGAAAUGGCUCCAUCUUCUUUUUCUUCUUCUCCCUCUUCUUGGCAUUCAUCGUCUCAUCAAUCACCUGCCGCGCAUGGUAGUAAGAGCAAUUCAAAAGGCAUGUUCCGCAAUUUGAUCACUUGUGGUGCUGUCGACACAAAUGACGCCGUAUUAGUCAUGUUGAAUCGGGCCAAUAAAACAACUUCUUCCGACAAGUCUACCAGAUGGAGCAGCCAAGACAUUAUCAAGGCUGAUCCUAUUUGUAAAGCAGAUCACAAGAGGAGGAGUGGGUCUGCUGGAGUUUUUGGGACUUGUUGGAAUUCGCAGGGGCAGCCGCAGCAACCCCAAAAGCAUACUAGUACUGCUACUAGGAAAAGCUACGAUGGAGAAAAGGGCUCAAACAAGCAGCAAAAGGAGCCCGAGUUUAGUGGCCAAAAAUUGGCUUCCGCAGCUUACAGGCCCGUCGGUGGGCCGCAUUGCUCGCAGUGCAGGAAACAGUUUAAGCCAGAGAAAUUGCACUCACACAUGAAAUCGUGCAGAGGAAAGAAAGCUCUAAACAAGACUGCUGCAGCUUCUGUGGACAAGAUACCUCAAAUGGGAUCAACGACUUCAACUUCUGAACAAUCAUCUGCCGCCCAUUUUCUUGACCAGCUCAAUAUGCACAGUACGGACUGAUCACUUGUUUUCAAACAUACUGUUCCGUAGCCAGGAUGAAAGGAAGGGGCUUUUCUUUCUUUUCUUUUCUUCUUUUACUUUUUUUUUCUCUUAUGUAAAUUGAAAUACCAUAGCACAUUUGC